AUGACACUUGGAGAGCAAUGGCCACCCCAUGGUCAUAAAGUGAUCAAAGGAUUCCAACGAGUCACCUAUGGUCAACGACCCAAGAUCCUUGUUCGAGAAAAGAAUAUGGCUACCUGCAAGCCGCUCUAUGCAUUAACAACCAAGGUCGUCAAUACCUAUACCAAGAUCGAUUCUCGAUUCCAGUACGAUGCUGCACAUCUCAAUCCGAAGCGUGUCCUCACCAAGCCGAGUAAACCAGCCAAGAAUGAUGGGUAUGAUAACGAGAAUCACGAUUAUAUCUUGCGAGUGAAUGAUAUCCUUGGUGAUGACAAAGAGUAUCAGUAUCGUGUGAUUGAUCUCUUGGGUCAAGGAACCUUUGGACAAGUCGUAAAGUGCGAGAGAAUCAGCAAUGGUCAAUUGUAUUCGGUCAAGGUGAUCAAGAACAAACCAGCUUAUCGUACCCAGAGCAGAAUGGAGGUCGAAAUAUUGAAACAGCUGAGUCAAAAGCUUGGACCGGAGCAUGAAGAUCACAUCUUGCAAUUGCAGCAUACGUUCAAUCACAAGAACCACUUGUGUCUCGUCUUUGAGCUACUAUCAUUCAACCUCUACGAGCUUAUCAAGCAAAACAGCUAUCGUGGUGUGUCUCUCAAUCUGGUGCGUGUGUUUGCUUUACAAUUGCUCGAUACCUUGGCUCUCUUGAAAAGUGCACGGAUCAUCCAUUGUGAUCUCAAACCCGAGAAUGUGUUAUUGAAAAGUGUCAAGUCGCCUUCCAUCAAGGUGAUUGACUUUGGAUCAGCAUGUCAUGAAUCCAGUCGCAUCUAUACGUAUAUCCAAUCCCGCUUUUAUCGGUCACCUGAAGUCAUUCUCGGUUUGCAAUACACCUCAGCUAUCGACAUGUGGUCACUUGGAUGCAUUGUCGCCGAAUUGUUUAUUGGUAUCCCAUUGUUUGCCGGUAGCUCCGAAUAUAACCAACUCAGUCGCAUUGUGGAGAUGCUUGGAGAUCCACCACAAGAUAUGUUGGAGAUUGGCAAAGGCACAAAGCAAUUCUACAACGUGGAUGAAUCCUCUGGCAAACGCGUGUAUACGAUGAAAAACAGAGAACAGUACAGCAAAGAGCAGCAUAAGAUGGAGUUGCCAGGCAAACGUUACUUUCCUCAAAGGACGCUACCAGAUCUCAUUAUGAAUUACACGCCCAGACCACGUUCAGGAUCAUCAUCAACAUCAGCCACACAAGUGCCACCUGCACCCUUGGAUGAGCAAGAACGUCAACGAGAUCAACAAAUCAGACGUGCUUUGGUUGACUUUUUACAAGGCUUACUACAACUCAACCCUCUCAACCGAUGGACUCCCAUACAAGCACGCUAUCAUCCAUUCAUCACGGGUGAACCAUUUACAGAACCUUAUGUGCCUGAAGUUCAUAUGAAAGCCGCCAUGAAAUUGCAACAACAACAACAGCAGCAGCAGCAAUCGACUACUAGUGAGAUGAAUGAGAUUUCCGGAUCACAAGGAAGCAGUUCAAGUACGAGUGGUCAUGCUGAUGGUAACCAUGUCCAAGCGCUUGAAGCGGCUGCCAUGGCUGCUACCUCCAAACGAUCACGUGCACAAUCCAUGGGUGUGCCACAAGCGCCUAGUCCAAUUCAGGAAUUGACAACACGGCAACAUCGACAUCGUCGUUCUCAAGGCAACUUGGUUGGUGUGUUACCACCCGAAGCUCCAGGUGUUGCUGUUACGGGUGGAACAACAUCGGAUAGUAGUAGUGUGGAAAAGCACACCGUGUAUGCAAAUGGUGUCAGUGGUGGUGAUCCACAACAACAACAAGCAGCCGUAGAACGCAAAGUCAAGAUUGCUGCCCAAGUCAAAGUACGCUAUGGCUCACGUGAUUCAUUAUGUAUGCCAGAUCAAGUUCAUCGUGGUGGAAAGGGUGGUGAUGAUGCACUAUUACAGCAACAGCGGCCUGCAGGUCGUUUGUCGCAUGCUGGUGAAGCUGCUGGUGGAUUACUAAUGAUGCGCCAACAAGAAAAGGCAUCCUCUUCUCAAGGUGUUGCAGCUGCCAUCAAGCGACGUGCCAUUUUAUAA